CAAGGCUUCCCGUUCGCUCAGCCCUAUUUAAGCAACGUACCGGCGGAUUAGUAGUUAGGUGGGUGACCACUAGCGAAUACCCGCUGUUGUAUGUUUUUGCCAUCGUUCGGCUCGUGUAACCGACCUUCAGCUGUCUGCGCAUGAAGCCUACACUUCAUCAACAGCGUUCCUUACUUUUUGUCAGCGCUGAGCACAGGCUUCCUCCUUUGUCGUCAUGUUUCUGCUUAGAAACAACAAGGCGCAUCGCUUACCGUGCUCUGCGACAGCCCCUAGCCCUCCUGCCGAGGCUCGAGCCUGGUGCCAAUCAUUUGUGGGAUGUCGGUGCAGUUCCUUUUGAGGUCCAGUCUCAAAGCCAGAAUCCUAAGGCGAUCCUGUACCACGUACGGGUCGACACCUCCUGUCUCUCAGAGCUGUUCUUAUUUGAGGGUCACGCCGUUCGUUUGACAUGCUGCUUUGCGUUGCCAACUUCGACAUUUGUGACAGGCCGCCCACGUUUUGUGGCUGCAUGUCAUGCAAUCACGCUUCUGUCAUGACUUCAACCAAGGAAAAACCAUUCACGACAACCCUGCACUUUUGGAUUAGACUUGCGGAUCUGAACACAUCAGCACUGUCUAAAGGCGCAAGACCCUGCGGUCCUUCA